AGGAGAUGCCAACGUAGCUGGGUAGACUAAAAUGUCUACAAACAUUAACUAAAUUUAUUGUUAGCAAACAUAGUGGGGCUUCCAUUGAAGAGUUGGGGAAUUUUGCAAAUCUUCGAGGAGAGCUUUCUAUUUUAGAGCUCCAAAACAUUGUGUCUCCUAUGGAUGCUCUAAAAGCAUGCUUGAAAGAUAGGAAGUACCUUGAUAAGUUGGUGUUGGAAUGGAAUGCAUUGGAUGCUAAUAUUUCAGAAUGUCAAAUAUCUAUACUUGACAAUCUUCGGCCCCAUAGUAACUUGAAAAGUCUCACUAUCAACAAUUAUGGUGGUGAAAGUCUUCCAGAUUGGGUUGGGCAUCAUUCAUUCUCUAAUAUAGCGUCCCUUCGCCUAGAAAAUUGCAAACAUUGUCAUAACUUGCCAUCACUUGGACGGUUACCCUGUUUGCAAGACCUCUCUGUUCUUGGGUUUGAACGAGUUGUUAAAGUGGAUAGUGGGCUUUUUGGCAGCGAUUCUUCAUCAGUUAAACCAUUUCGAGCCCUUAAAAUUCUAAGGUUCGGACGAAUGUUUAAUUUGGAGGAAUGGUCUUCUUUUGGUGCCGAAAAUGAAGAUGAAACUUUUCCUCAACUUGAAGAACUUUAUAUUGAUAAUUGUCCUAAGUUAAAAGGAGGGCUACCCGUCCAUCUUCCUUCUUUAGCGAAAUUUGAGAUUCAUGAAUGUCCUCAGCUGGUAGCUUCACUCCCAAGGGCUCCUGUUGUACGCGAAUUGCAGCUGAGAGAUUGUAACGAGGUUCUGUUAAAGGAAUUGCCAACUCAAUUACGAAAGCUCGAAAUUGGAGGAUUUGAUGCACUAGAGUCCUUUCCCAAGGGAAUGGUGGCCUACAACAACUGUCUUCAAGAGUUAGAAAUCUCAAAAUGUAUGAAGUUAGAGCUCCCAACACACUCACACUUUUUAUCCCUUGAAACAUUGCAGUUGGAUGGUUGUGAUUCCCUCAAGUCAUUUCCUUUAGAUUUAUUCCCAAAGCUUUAUCAUAUCAAGAUCUGGAACUGUAAGAAUCUGAAAUCUUUAACAGUUUCGGAACAACAUGGACGUGAUUUAGUGACCUUGCAUAUUAUUGACAUCAAGGAUUGCCCCAAUUUUGUAUCUUUUCCAAAAGGAGGAAUUCGUGCCCCCGACCUUUCAUCCUUUACGGUCUCCAGGUGUGAGAGUCUGAGGUCACUGCCAGAGAAGAUGCAUGUACUCCUUCCUUCUCUUGAUCUUUUUCAAAUAGUUGAUUGUCCAAGAAUUGAGUCGUUUCCCGAAGGGGGCUUGCCUUCCAAUGUUAAAUAUAUAGCAGUCGAGAAAUGUGACAAUCUUUUUACCAAACGGGUGGGAUGGGGUUUGCAAAAACUCCCUUCUCUUAGACAAUUUACAGUCGGUGGCAACAAUGAAGACGUGGAGUCCUUUCCAGAGACAGGGUUGCUGCCUUCUUGUCAGCUGAUUAAACUUAAUAUCUCUGGAUUUCCAAAUAUGAAAUCUUUGGACAAGAAAGAGCUUCAACACCUCACCUCUCUUAAUAAAUUGUCGGUCUGGGACUGUCCUAAGCUCGAGUACAUUCCAAAAGAGGGGUUGCCUACCUCCCUUUCUAUAAUAAGGAUCAACGGAUGCCCUUUGUUGAAGAAGCUGUGGCAAAGCAAGAAAGGAAAAGAACGGCGAAAGAUUCCGGACGUCAAUCACAUAUUGAUUGAUGAUAAAGAAUAUAUUGGAUGAGCCAAAAGCCUCGGAUUGAAGAGUCCCAUUUUCUGUUAUAAUACCUGCACAUCAUAUCGAAGGCGGCAACAACAUAUUCAAUUAGCUUCACCUUCCAUUGUUAUAUGCUUAGAAUUGAAAAUUUUUUGCUACUGCCAGCCCCUGUGGGAUUUUCUUCUUAAGAAGAAGGGCUCCAUGCCUCACUUUCUUCUAUAUGGAUCAACAAAUGCCCUAAGUUGAAGAAAGGAAACGAACGACGAAAGAUUCCUGAUGUCAAUCACAUUGAUGGAGAAUCUAUUUUUUUUUUUUUAAUUAACAAAAGAUCAAAGAGCUUGGGUAACAACUACGAGAAGCAAAUAGAAUCUAUGAUCCUGCGAGGCAUGAACUCUUGAAGGGUUACCUUCCAUAGUCAUAUGCUUAGAAUUGAAAAUCUGUUGCUGUUGCCGGCCAAUCUCCUUCCCAUUGGGGAUUUUCCUCUUAAUAAGAGGGGUUGCCUGCCUCCCUUUCUUAUGUAUGGAUCGACAAAUGUCUUUUGUUGAAGAAGCAGUGGCAAAGCAAGAAAGGAAAAGAACGGCGAAAGAUUCCUAACAUCGAUCACAUACUGAUUGAUGGGGUGAAUAUAUUGGAUGAGCUAAAAGGUGACAACAAUAUGUUCAGCUUUUACUCUUAGAGUGCUUAACUUCUUGGAAGUUCUUCCAUUACUUCACCGUUCUCCAUUCUUAAAAUCUCUAAUUUUCCAAACAUGAAAUCUUUGGAAAGAAGGGGCUUCAACUGCUGACAUCUCUGGAAGAAUAACGGAUCUAUAACUGCGCUGUGCUCUAGUAAAUGCCAGAAGAGGGGUUGCCUGACUCCGUUUCUAUUUAUUGGUCAGCAAAUGUUCUUUGUUAAAGAAACAGUGUCAUAGAAAAAAAGGAAGACAAUGGUGCAAGACUGCUCAUGUCCAUCUAAUAUGAUUGAUGACAAAUUGAUUGAAUAAGACAUUUCAGCUAUUCAACUUGUUCUGUGUCAACCUGUUGAACUUGUUCUGUGGUGCUAAAUCAAGAUCAUGGGAAAUUUUGGAACUUCUAUAUUUGCUCAUGUGUAGGCUUUGAAUUACCAAUCAGUACCUUUUCUUCUGAUUGCUGCUAUGUGGGAAAAUGUAAUCAUUGGAAGCAGAGGAUUUUUUGUGGCGCAGUUGGGUGUUAGAGGUUGACAUUAUAUGUUCAUUAAACAAUGCAGGUCCGUUUCCAAUGGUGCUUCCUUUGUUUUGCUUUUGCUGUUAGUUUUUCUUGGAAUAUUUUAAAUACAAUGAUAUUAUCUGAAUAUUUCUUAGGAAACUUUGUACUGUCUCUUUCCUUAGUUUCCAAAUAAAAUUUUUGAAGAACCAAAUUGAUCCUUUAUAAGCAGUAGCUAAAGAUCUUUUUCAUUUCUUGCCGCCCUCCUUUUCCAAUUACCAUAUGUUGCUUUUUAGGCCUUGAAAUAGGGUUUGGUGGAUAUGUUAUUGGAUAAGAACUUCGGAAGAUAAUGAAUUUUAUGCAGUUUUUUUGCUUUUUUGCUUUAGUUUGGGCUCCUGGUUUUUUCCUCCCCUUUAUUCUUUCUUGAUAUUCUUUUUUAUGCUUACACUUGAACUCUUUCAUCCGCUCUAAAAUAUUUAUUCUCUUUGAUAACAACCAAAGAUAAUACUUGGAUCACAGUCUAUUAUCAUCAAUAUUUUAAAAUCAAUAUAAAGUUCAAAUCACGAUCUUUAAGCUUUUAAAUCUAAGAUUUUGGUGCCUUAUUCAAUUUUUUUUAGGGUUCUACAGUUCAUCUUUAAGGUAACAAAUUAAAGGGGUUUGGUAGAAAUCUCUUCGGCCAAAUGGGUAUCUGAAUUGGUAAGAUUGUUAAGCAACUUACACUACUUUUUUUAUUUUUUUGACAUGUCCACACAAGAGAGGGGAAGGGGGAGGGGGGAUUCGAACUAGUGACCUCUGCUUCAUGAGGCAUGGUCCACAGCCGAUUGAACUACUUCUUGAGGACUAUAAGCAACUUACACUUGCUCUUCUAUUUAGUUCAAAAAUUGUCUGACAAAUGUGUUGUGGUAAUAUAUAUUGAUAAUUGAUAUCCAAAAAGAAAGAAGAUAAAGAGAAAUGGAAAUCUUAUAUUGCUUGUCAGCUAGGGACCUUUUAAAGUUCUCCAAGAGGUGGAAACUUAUCCUGUUGGCGUGGUAUGACUUACAGAAUUAGAAUCAUCCUUCUUACACAUUAACCAUCAAGCUCAUGAGCCAUCUAUUCUCAACCUUCGUCUGUUUCCAGCUAAAGAAAAGUUUGUAUUUCUGUUUUUGGGAGAAUAAUUUCUAUUGUGUGAUAGUGAGAAUUGGGUGUAUUGGGAUUUUGGGUUCUGAGUGAUUUCCUCUCUACUAUUUUGUACUCUGUCUUUUGAUAGUGAAUUUUCUUCGGGUCGUC